AGCCCCUCAGAAUCGCGUGAGACUCCCGUCUCACUCCUCAGCCUCUUGUCACACAGAAUUACUCUUAAAGAGGCAGGUCGUCUACCAUCCCAGCCUAGUUGAAUCACAGAGACCUGAAGUUUGACUUGAACAACCAAUGACUAUCAUCAUGAGUCACGAAUGGAGUACUUAAAGCAAACACAUCACUUUCGUCUCAAUUGACUUACAGGCACUCACAUUCUUUUAAAAGCUCAGAGUCGCUCAUUGCUUCAGAGGCAUCUUACUUAACUUAACACUCUAAAGUAUCUAUCAAGGCUCAGGCCGCAAAUAAAAGAACACAUCCCUCCCAAUGGCUACAACACCAAAUCCCACGGCUCAAUUGCCGCUACAAACGAUAUCUGUAUCCGAAUCCUCGCCUCUCCCCGAGCCCAUCGUCACCACCGCCCGCCUGAGUAUCCGUCCCAUGCACCCCCAAGACAUCCCCUCCGUCGCCUUCGCCCAGAACUCCCCGGCCGUUGCCCGCUACAUGAGCUCCGCCUUCGCGAUCCCCUACACCCUCGUGCACGCCACCAAAUGGAUCGCGCAAAACCUCACACCGCCAUAUAACCACUUCGCCAUCACUCUUCUGACCGAUCCUACCACCGUCCUCGGCCAAUUUGGCUUCAUGCCUGGCCAGGAUACCGAAGCACAUACCGCGGUACUGGGUUAUUGGCUGGGCGAGGCGUCUUGGGGAAAGGGUAUCAUGACGGAGGCGUUGGAGGCGAUGACGGCAUACGGGUUCCAGGAGAAGGGGUACCUGAAGCUUAUAGCAAAGGUGGUUGCUGGGAAUGCGGGGAGCGAGCGGUGCUUGAAAAAGUGUGGGUUUGUCGUUGAAGGUGUGAUGAAAAAGCAGGUGCUCAAGGCGGGGGAGGUGAACGAUUUGAUAUUCCUGGGGUUGUUGAAGGAAGAGUGGGAGAAGAGGCCCGAGGCGAAGAAGAAUGAUGAGUGAUUGAGAGCGGGUGGUGGGUCAACCCGACUUGACUAGGAAUGGGGCCAUGCUUCGGGUUGCAGUAUUGGUUCUUGCAGUAGGCCAGACUAUUGUCCAUCGUAUUAGUAUCGUC